UCUCCCUGGAUGUCUUUUCCCCUGUUAAGGCUCUGAGCCCCAGCUUGCACCUGCACUGCUCUCUCCAUUAAAGAGGAACGACGGUGUUGGAAACGCUGAAGACUUAGGGCACCACAUGCACACUUCCUCCUUGUAGGAUCUAAAAGAUGGAAGCGGGAGGGUGAUUGUCAUCUUCACCACAUAAAGUUAUUGCAGACAGCACGUGGGAACGUGGGGUCUCUGGACAGUCCCCCCAACCCCCACAAUAGACAACUGAUGUCCCCACUCUGAGUUUCAUCUUUCUUCCUGAGCUGUGCACCCCACCCCAGGUACUUAGCAAGCACUCAGUAAGUUCCACAGAUAACUUGCCAAGUACCUAAUACACACCAGGUACUGUUGUGGCAUAAAAUAUGCAGUAGUGAAUGAAAUAGACAAGCUAAUUUUAGAUGCUGAGUUCUGAUAGAACUGACAUGAUGGGGUGAUGGGGUGGUAGAGCUGGGGAGCAGUAAUGGGUGAUCAAGGGAAGCCUCUGGGAGGUAACAUGAAUAGAGCUAUUUGAUGCUUGUAUGGUAGUUGGUGCUGGGUGUUGUGUGUGUGGAGGUGGCUUAGGUCCAGUCUUUGACCAGGAGGAAUCCUUCCCCACCCCAAGCCUGUGUGUGUCCCAUCUUCCCCUAAAACUAAAGUUUGGACUUGCUGGCCAGAGGUGAGAAUACCUGAGGAAAGAGAUGGGUCUUCAGACAAGUGGAUCUCUGUGAAGUGUGGUUUUAGAUAGGAGACUUGAGUUCACAUCCUCUGCCACUGUUUCAUUCUGGCCUUGGGCAACUAACAGCUCCAAGCCCAGUAGUGAUGGGUAUGGGCCUACAGCCAGAUCUAGCUUCUCCACUUACUGACACUAACCUUGGACAAGUUCCUUAAGGCUCUGUGCUUCCAUUUCUACCUAGAAUGGGAUUAUAAUGGUCCCCCUUCAAGGUAGUGCAGGGUAUGCAUUUGAACUAAUAAACAAAAAUAUGCAUGGUGAAUUCUUUAUUAAAUAACUAGUAUCCCAGAUGAGAAAGGUGAGGCUCUGAGAGUAGUUUAGGGCAGUCAGGAAGUGGUUUCUGAGAAGAAAUAGUGAUCGUGGUUGGACAUCGCCUAGCCUAAAGCCCAACAUAUAAUAUUCACUCCGUACUUGAGAGCUGGGGCUAUUUCUGGCAAUCAAAGGGCUGCCUUGUUCUGCUGCCCCUCAGCACAGGAAAUUCCAAGGUGGUUUUUCCAUACUGGCUCCUCUUGUUCUGUCUCUGGGGGCACAGCUGAAGGGCCUAGGUCUCCAAGCCAACUCAGAAAAGAUGGAAUUGGAUAUUUUAACCUGCCUGUCUGAGCCUCUCUGUUGAGGGGGGUGACUUGUUACUUGGAGUGGCCUGGGCUGCCUUGGGCCUCUUUGGGUAUUUCCUUGGGCUGGCAACCCUCACCCUGUCCUUGAAAUGGUUCUGCCUGGGUAGCAGGCUCAGAGGUGGUGUGGGCGAAAUCUGGGGCUGGUUUAAGGAGGGGACCAGACUCAGAACACAGGUUUCCUUAUGCUACUGCCGAGGGAGGGCGGGAGGAAACUGGAGACCCCAUUCCUGCCUUAGCCACUGUCUUGCCCAGAGUCCAUGAUGGCUUGGUCCUUGGUGUUUCUCGGUGUCGUCUUGCUGUCUGCCUUCCCGGGGCCUGGUGCCGGCGGCCGCCCCAUGCCCAAGCUGGCUGACCGGAAGAUGUGUGCCGAUGAGGAAUGCAGCCACCCCAUCUCCAUGGCCGUGGCCCUUCAGGACUACGUGGCCCCUGACUGCCGUUUCUUGACCAUACACCAGGGCCAAGUGGUGUAUGUCUUCUCCAAGCUCAAGGGCCGAGGGCGGCUCUUCUGGGGAGGCAGCGUUCAGGGAGAUUACUAUGGAGAUGGAGCUGCUCGCCUGGGCUAUUUCCCCAGUAGCAUCGUACGUGAAGACCAGACCCUGAAACCAGCCAAAACCGAUGUCAAGACAGAUAUAUGGGAUUUCUACUGCCAGUGAGCUCAGUCUAUGCUGUCAGUGCUGUUGUUUCUCCCCGACUUUAUGCAAAUACAUCAGCCAAGUGCAAA